AUGGACAAUAAUAUCGUGCCUGAUAAUGAGGACAACACGGGGGAAAGCAACAGUAGUGAUAUAAACGUUAAUAAUGAUAUAGGAGGUUCUAAUCACAGAAUUACUGAAGAAUCCAGUAUUAAUGAACCUCUAGAAAUAACAAGUAUUCCACAAGACACGACAGAACAAGCCUCAGAACUACCUUUAUCUAAUAUUAUUAAUGCCACCGCGUCACGUAUGACCUCCGGUAUAUUCCCUAUAACGUCUACUUCUGAUACUGAUAUUAAUGAAUAUCAAGAAUCGAUAUCGCGUUCUCAAUUAAGCGACAGUGAGCUUUUCAUGAACUUAGAAGAUGUUGUUACUACGAGUGACAAUAGAUCAUUGCGUAAACAUCGUUUAUCCGCUCCUACUCCAUUCAGACCAAAGGAAUAUAGCGAUCCAAUUAAACCUCGCCCGAACUCUCAAAUAAUCCUUCCGACUUCGAUGCAGCACUAUGACCCCUUUGCAAUGCCUAGUUCUGAUCAAGAAUUUCGCAUGCUUGCUAGAAUACUCAACUGGCCAGCUCAACCUGGUCAGGGACCUAUUGCUCAAAUAUCAGGUCAAGUUGGUAGCUCAUCGAUAAAGGACAAUAUGGUAGAAGGUGGCGAAAUAAUAUUUGAUACAUCAAUUGACCAAGAGGGAGAUAUUCAACAAUCUAAAGGGCAAUAUCCUUACAAAACGCAAUCAACAUUUCAUGUACCUCAUGGCUUUUCAGUGACAGAUGCAAUGCGUAAAAUGACUAAACCGUUACAAACUCCCGAGGUACCUCCACUCAUUUCAACUAAUUAUGGUAAAGAAAUUUUCGAUCAAAUAAAGUCGGAUGAUGAUCCUAGACUUAUCGUUUGGUCAAAAUCCAGAGCUCAGGAAAUAAAGCAUGGUUCCACAUUUUCGAUUUCAUCUAAUAAUUCAAAACGAUGGACUUCAAUUGAAAAAUUGAUUGAGAAAUUAACAAGUGGAAUUGAUUACACCUUCUUGACGGAUUUUUUCCUAACAUAUCGAAAAUUUAUCACACCAAUAAAGUUAUGUAAAUUAUUGAUCUUAAGAUUCGAUUGGGCACUUGAUGAUGACGAUGCAGAGAGAAGGAUUGUAAGAGUCAGGACUUUUGUAACUAUACGUCACUGGCUUUUAAAUUAUUUCGCUUAUGAUUUUAUUCCAUGUCGCGCUCUACGAACUACAUUGACUAAAUAUCUAAAUAGCCUUCCUUCACAUCAAGUGAUAAAAAAAUCGCCACGUGAUCAAAGGAUAGUACAGGGAUUAAAGAGGGUUAUAAGGAGGUUAAAAAGAGUAUAUUUUCGUAAGAAUGAUAUGAACUCUGUGAAAAAAAAUGACGAUAUAUUUAGCAUUGGCAAGAAACAAUUGGGUGGAAAGAAUAAUGAAAAAUUGACCGAAACAUCAUUCCAUAAGAAAACAAGUCAAGAUCUUGACGUAGACAAAAUGAUGGUCGAUAGUGGAGGUGGUAGUGGUGUAGGUACAUCAUUAAUAGAAGAAUCGGCGGAUAUUACCGUCUCAUAUGACAGCAGUAAUUAUUACACCGUAACUCAAAAACAAUCAAAUUUAUUACGACAUCAAUCAUCAUCUUCAUCUUUGGAUUCAACAAUUACUCCAGGAACAACCGAUUCGGAAUCGGAAGCAAUUGAUUAUUAUACACCUAAUAUUAGUGGUGUAACUCGUAAGAAAACUCAUCAGAACAUUAUAUACUCUAGUAGUAGUAAUUCACAUACUAGUGAUGAAGAUUUAUCUUCUAAAGCCACACAUGAUCAAAUUGAUGAGUUAUACGGUCAAAAAUGGUCAAAGAAUUUACCAAAGAAUUUACCAACUAGUUCUAGUGAAUUAGGGGAUGACAUUUAUACGGACAAUAAUGUUGAUGAAUAUGAAGAUGAUGGCGCUGGUGUGAGCAGCAAAAAAGCACCACGGGCAUCCAUGCCAGAACGGUUGGCAGUUCCAAUAGAUCUAUUAAGACAUUCAGAGAGAAAAGCAGAUAAAUGGAAGAAGAGAAGUAAUUCAAUGGGUGAUUUAUCACAAAGAAGGUUAGAUAUAUUUAAUCAAUUAGGAGGUGCAAUAAAUGAGAAUGAAUAUCCGUUAUCUGAAGAAGAACCUCCACCACUUCCACCACGACGCAGAAGGCAUACACUUGAUGUUUCAUCUGCAUCACUUUCAUUUUUUAAAAGUGGGUUUUUAAAAAACAAUUUUCCUUUGAAGAGACCUAAAAAGGCUAUUCCACAAGAAAAAAUCGUGGAUUAUUCGUUGCCUAAUUCUCGUGGAAUAACCAGAAGAAAUUCAUCACCUGCAUUCAUUGGUUCAAAUUCUUCAAGAACUGGAAAUCAUCCACCAGUUCAAGAACAAAAUUGGCGUCGCCCCGCCGCACGUCCAUCGUGGCCUCGAAAGAUGUCAAUCACAGUAGGGAAAUUCGCAAAAGGACUAUUUAAUGGUGAAAAAAAUAAAGGUGCUACUCAAUCAGGAACAUCGACAAAGUGUGGUGGCAUUCAAGGUGAUUUUCGGACAAUGAAAUUCGGUAGGCUUAGCAUGUUAUGCGCAACAUCUUCUGGUUCAGCCAGCACUGAAGAGAUUGACUCUGACCUAUCUUGGGGAGAUGGCACUAGCCCAAAACAUUUUAAUGGAGAUGAAUAUCAUUAUCAUGUCGAUGGAUUUUCUUACGUGGAUGAGUCUGUCGAAGAAGAAUAUCACGACACGUCUCAUCCAGAAGAAUCUGAGAUAAUAGAACAACAAUUUGAACAAUGGUACGAUGAACAGCAAAGUACACAAGAUGACACGAAUUUUGAGAGUUUAACAUCGUCACCAAUUGAUUCGCACCCUCCCACAUUUUCCACCUUUUCUCAAGAUAAGCAAAGCGACGAUGAUGAUAUACUUCAACAAGAUUAUGAAGAGCCAAGAGACAGUCGCCAAUUAUCCCGUACUACUCGUAGAAGGGGUAAAGUUUGGAAUUAUUUAGUUCCAGUGAUUGAAGUUGAGGAUGAUAUAGAUCAACCCACACAAUCAUCAGAGACUGACACUUAUUUUGUGUCACAAAGUUCAUCAAACGGAUCACAAAAAGAUGAUGACCAACAACCAGCUCGCAAACAAAGUUAUCUUGCAAGUGUUUCAGAAGUUGAGGAAGAUGACGACACGGAUCCAAAUUUUUCUCCUCAGCAAUCUUUCGAACAAGAAUAUGAUGAUUUAUAUGAAGAAGAAUCAGGUGACCACCAUAAUAUUCGUACCCUUCGUCGACUUCCAAAAGUACCCGAUUUACGUUCAGUUACCAACCUCAAAGAUUUAGAUGAAAAGUCCGGCAAGCGCGUCUCCUGGGGAACUUUCUCUUCUUAUGGUGUUGAAGGCGGUGGUGCAACAGCAGACUCUGUACCUGAUUCCUUGGCGUCACUUUCUCGGUCAACAUCAAAAACGGCACCAACGUCAAGGCGUAGAGGGCCUGCUAAGAAUGGAUCUCAAGAAAGUGGGGCCCGCCAUCGAACCAGGCACACUGCUUCUAGACCACUUAAAAAUUCUGCAGAAACAAUAGCCCUUGAAAAAGGCACAAAUAACAAUAAAGGUGGUAAUGCUUCACGCUCUAAAAGGCCAAAACAUACUCCAAUUCACACAAUUACUGAACCGAGUGUUAGUCAAGGACCAACAUCAUCUUUUUCAUCAACAGUUCCAAGUUCCCGACAACAUCCAUAUAAAUCUUUUAUACUGUCAUAUAGAUCAGAAGCAGUUGCAAAACAGUUUUGUUUAAUUGAAAGAGACCUACUUAUGCAAGUCCAAUGGGAAGAGUUAGUUCAAGUUAGCUGGACUAAUGGUAAUAAAAACACAAACAAUAAUGAUAAUGACGUUGAGAAAGAUUCCAAUACUCAAGACAUUCGAAAAGAGGCCAAAAAGGAUGUUAAAGGAAAAAGCAAAGAAUUUGAAUCUGAAAUAGAUGAAGAAAAGAUUAAAGUCAAGCCAAUAAAAGAUGGAGGAGUAGACAAAGUCAUUGAAAGAUUCAAUCAGACAAUUGAUUGGGUUGCUACCGAAAUUAUGCUCACACACUCUUUGGAAGAUAGAGUGAGAGUGAUUGAAAAGUUCAUACGUAUUGCACAGGUUGUGUAUCGUACUAAAUACCAUUUAGUUGAAACCAAAUGCCUACAAUUUUCAAAUUUUGCAACCUUAAAUCAAAUUCUCCUUGGAUUACAAUCUCCACCGGUAGAACGUCUCCGUCGAACUUGGACUCGUGUUCGCAUGGCAGAGAGACGCAUUCUUAAGGAAUUAAAUGAAUACAUAUCACCUUUCGGCAAUUGGAAGGUGGUGAGAGAUGCUAUGCGCCGAGUUGUAGAAGAUUCCUCAAUGGUAAAAGAUCCAACUAAACGGCGAAGGCGUAGUUCCGAUGUGAAAAAAGCAAAUACUGGAUGCAUUCCUUUUUUAGCUCUAUAUUUAUCCGAUUUAGUUUUUAACGCAGCCUUACCAUCGUUUAUUGAUCCGGCUUCACAACCUCCAUCAUGGUCCCAUGCCUAUGCACCGUUUCCUCAACAACCACUCGUUAAUUUCCAAAAACAUCGUACUGCAGCUACAAUCAUCAAACGCGUAAUUACAUUUCAAAGUCUAGCAUGUGGAUACAAAUUUCCGAUCGACACAGAUUUAUAUGUUAAAUGUGCGGAUCUUAAGGCAGUUGAAGCCACAAGAUUAGUGGUAAUGGAUCUAGAUGUAGAGGAUUAUGUAUAA